CCUAUGCUGUGGGUAACUACGCUAUGUGUUGUGUUGUCGACGGUAUGCAUGGCUUUCUACCUCCCUGGAUUGGCUCCAGUUAACUUUUGUGAGGUUCACAAUCGCAAGCCAACAUGUCCGAGCAAUGUGAUGUUGUACGUCAAUCAUUUAGACAGCGAUCAGUCUGUGAUUCCCUAUGAAUACCACAGCUUCGACUUUUGUAUUGGUUCUGAAGAAGAAUCGCCUGUGGAGAAUCUGGGUCAAGUGCUGUUUGGAGAGCGAAUUCGACCGAGUCCUUACAACAUCUCUUUUCUUCAAAGUCAGUCGUGCUCUAAGGUUUGUACCAAGACGUACACGAACACAAUGAAGAGUAUAGAAAAACUUUUGCUUCUUAAGCGUGGAAUGGGUCUCAACUAUCAACAUCAUUGGAUAGUUGACAACAUGCCGGUCACGUUCUGCUUCAAUAAUCAGCAAGACGUGAAAGUUUGUACAACGGGCUUCCCAAUGGGUUGCUAUGUGGAUUCAAACGGACAACCUCGAGAUGCAUGCCCUCGUUUCAAUCAGCCAGAUAGUUACUAUAUAUUCAAUCAUGUCGACAUUACAAUAGAAUAUCGGGAUAUGACUACUGACCAGAACUUUUUGGACGAAGAACAGGUUGGUGGUCGUAUCAUUCACAUCUUAGUGAAGCCGCGUUCCAUCAAGCAUCCAAGUGCCAAUGAGUUAGAUUGCUCAGAAACAGCUCCACCUUUGGCUAUCAGGACUGCUGAAAAUGCCGCUAGCAUCACAUACACGUACAAAGUCGAUUGGGUGAGAACUAAUGUGAAAUGGUCGUCACGAUGGGACUAUAUCCUCGAUUCGAUACCUCACUCAAAUAUUCAAUGGUUUUCAAUAAUGAAUUCUCUUGUAAUAGUUCUCUUCCUCUCUGGAAUGGUUGGUAUGAUACUAAUGCGAACACUGCACCGCGAUAUCGCAAGGUAUAAUCAGUUGGACAAUGAGGAGGAUGCUCAGGAGGAGUUCGGAUGGAAAUUGGUUCAUGGCGAUGUAUUCCGCCCUCCAAAAAACGCCAUGAUGUUAUCCGUUUUCAUUGGUGCAGGAUGUCAAACACUAUUGAUGGUAUCUAUCACUCUCGUAUUCGCCUGUCUCGGUUUUCUGUCACCAGCAAAUCGAGGAGCGCUUAUUACAUUUGCACUAGUGUUCUAUGUCUUCUUCGGAAUAGUUGCUGGAUAUGUAGCUGCUCGGCUGUAUAAGACAUUUCAAGGCGUACACUGGAAGACAAACGUUAUCUUGACCAGCUUCUUAAUUCCGGGAAUCCUGUUUUCGGUGUUCUUCUUCACGAAUAUUUUAUUGUGGGCCAAAGGCUCAUCAGCUGCUGUUCCAUUCGGUACUUUGAUCGCCCUUCUAUCUCUAUGGCUGUUCAUAUCCACACCAAUGACGUUCAUUGGUGCAUUUUUUGGUUUUAAGAAGAAGGCGAUUGAACCUCCUGUUCGCACGAAUCAAAUUCCCCGUCAGGUUCCUGAACAAACGUUGUACACAAAACCACUUCCUGGAAUGAUUAUGGGUGGCAUACUCCCAUUUGGAUGCAUAUUUAUUCAACUUUUUUUCAUCCUUAACAGUAUUUGGGCUCAUCAGACGUAUUACAUGUUUGGUUUCCUGUUCUUGGUUUUCUUAAUCCUGAUCAUUACGUGUUCUGAAGCGACAAUACUUCUUGCAUACUUCCAUUUGUGCGCUGAGGAUUAUCAUUGGUGGUGGCGCUCAUUUUUCACAAGUGGAUUUACUGCCGUUUAUCUUUUUGCCUAUUGCGUGCGUUUCUUUACCAGCAAACUGUCUAUCACUGGUGUAGUCUCUACAAUACUCUACUUUUCAUAUACUGCAAUUUUCGUCUUCAUGUUCUUCCUAAUGACUGGUACGAUUGGUUUCCUGGCUACUUAUUAUUUUAUGCACAAGAUUUAUUCCUCCGUUAAAGUUGACUAA